AUUUAUUGACUAAUUAAUUCUAUAAAUGGCGAAUUAAUUUGAUAAAUAAUAGUAUAAUAUAUAUAUAAUAAAUAGUAUAAUGUAUGUUAUAGGAUUAGUAGAAAUGCAAAGGCACGUGAAAUUUACAAAGAAUCUAUUUUCAAGAUUCAGAUAAUUCAUAAAUUAUUGUCCAUUUCCACAUUUUUAAUUCGUAAAAACUUUAAAAUAAAUUCCACUCCAAUUACCAAAUUUUAAAUAAAAAACCUUAUCCACCUUUCCUCACAACUAAUUCAAAUAAUGGUAACAAUAAUGAUACAAAUAAUAGCACAAAUAAUAACAAUAAAUAUAAUGAGAAAAAUGUUAUUGAAAGUAUGAAUAGGAGAUUAUGGAAUGUAUUGGUACCUGAACCGACUUGUUCAUUACAUUCUCCUCAAUUUUGGGCAUUAUUGUUACCAACCUUGGCCUUGUGUGUUUAUAGCGGGUUUAAAGAAAAUGUUUCAAAAGAUAUCCCAUCCCUUCUCAACCAAGACAAAAUUAAACACAAUCAAAUUGUACACAAUAAUCUGAUCUAACCUUACUA